AUGGCGACAAAUCACACCUCCGACGACGAAAGCACGCGCCUUUACCACCCAUACCAAAACUACGACCUCCCCAUCAAAUCCCAAUACCUCUACAAACUCCCCACCUCCCCCGAAUACCUCUUCACCGAAGUCCCUCAAAAAGCGUCGAUCUUGGGGAGAGAAUCUCACUUUCUACACAGGAACCGGUUACCUCGCCGGAUCCUUCGCCGGAGCCGCGGCUGGGAUCGUCUCCGGGAUCAAGAGCUUCGAGUACUGGGACACGGCGAAGCUGAAGGUGAACAGGUUUUGAACUCGUCUGGUCAUAAGGGAAGGUUGUUGGGUUGCAGGGUUGGGGUUUUUGGGUUGAUCUACGCGGGGGUUGAGAGUGAAGUUGUGGAGUUUAUGGAUAGGGAUGAUCAGUGGACACGUGUGGUGGCAGGGUUGGGGACUGGGGCGGUGUUUAGGGCGGCGAGAGGUGUGAGGUCUGCUGCUGUGGCGGGUGCGCUUGGUGGGAUGGUGGCUGGUGGGGUUGUGGCGGGGAAGCAGGUUUUGAGGAGGUAUGCUCAUAUUUGA